AUGGCACAUCCCACCACCAUCGAUCCCGCCGACAACGAGGCCCCACAACCAGACCAUCCCUACCAGCCCUACAUGGACACCGCACCACCACCCAACGCGGGCCUCUCCGACGCCAACGGCAUGCCUCUCACAGAACGCGAGAUCGAGUCGCUUGAGACCCAAGCCCGCGCCGAGCGAGAAACAACACCCGAGCCCAAGGAUUUCAACAUCGCGUUCCCAGAUAACCUGCCCACCCCGCCGUUCUUGCACGUCGACGGCGUGCCCAACUUCAGAGACCUAGGCGGGUAUCGAUGCGCGCCUCCGACAGAGAUGACAAGCGGUGCUGCAGACGGCGAGGGCAAGGUAACGUACGUCCUGCGGCGAAACCUGCUCUACCGCUGCGCGCACCCCACGCACUUGACGCCGCAAGGCCUUGACUACCUCACAAACACACUGAACGUGCACGACAUGUACGACCUGCGAUCCGCACCCGAGAUCGCGCGCCUCGCCCACACAGUCGCGUCAAGUGGCCAAGCGAUCUAUCCCCUCGCGGACCCGCAGACGGGCUGCCUCCGCGACAACCUCCCAGGCCUCACGAGGCACUUCGUCCCCGUGUACCAGACCGAGGACUACGGGCCCGUGGCCCUGGCGCGGAAGCUGCAAUGGUACACGGCCGAACAAUCAUUCAAUGCGGGCCACGACUUCCCCUACAGCGAGGGCUUUGUGCGCGCGUACCGCGACAUCGCCACGCACGGGGCGGGCGCCUACCGCGUCAUGUUUAGGCAUUUACUCCGCUCGCCGACUGCCGCUCUGGUCUUCCACUGCACGGCGGGCAAGGACCGGACGGGCGUCUUUGGCGCGCUGGUCAUGAAGCUUGUCGGGGUCGACGAGGAGACGAUCUGCUGGGAGUACGCGCUCACGGAGCCCGGACUGGGGUCGUGGCGCAAGGAGUUCAUCGAGCGGAUCAGCAAGACGGGUCUGGGUGGUGGGGGCGGGAAGGCUCACCACGAGAAUGGCGAUGCGGCCGGUGCCCGCCCCGCAAUCUCGCGCGACGAGGCCGCCCGUAUCUGCGGCAGUCGGGCCGGCAACAUGCGCGCCUUUCUGCGGACCGUGCUGGACGGCGAGUUUGGUGGUGUCCAUGCCUAUUUGACGGAUCGGUGCGGACUUACGGCCGAGGAGGUGCAGAGGUUGCGGGACGCGCUGAUCGAGGAGGUAUCCACGGAGGAGGUGCUGGCACGGGUCGAGAUUGAGGGCUGGACGGCCGAGGAGGGUUGCGUGGAUUAG